AUGAAACAGCCCAAGAUCCAGAAUAUCCCCCGCAGACGGGGAAUCAUCACGCUGCCCAAUAAAUCCCAUCAUGUGAUACAUGAGCAUGACAUGGAAAAGGAAGCUUCUUUUAAUCAAAACGUCUUCAACUUGUCUCUUGCUCUGUCGCAAAGCCGCAUAAAUGAUGCGACGGAGUUGCGCUGCAUGGUCUUGAGUGUUGAUGGGUCUGUCACAGAACCUGAAGUUCGAGCAACUAGGGAUGAUCUUGCUAAAAGGUGGGGAUUGGAUGGCCGCGAUUUGCGUAACGUGGAUCUUGUCUCAGAGGGAAUCCCCCAUUUGAUGGUCCGUCCAUCAGUCAUCUUUAUCAGCAUGUUCACUUUACGACUCCUGGUCCGCGCAGAUGGAGUUCUUCUUUUUCUUCUCCCAAUUGAGGAUUGCCACGUGAAGGUGCAGGAUGUUUUUAUGACAGACCUGCAGGGUCGGCUCAAACCCAGUCCUGGCUCUGGCCUUUUGACAAAACUCCCAUAUGAGCUACGUGUGGUAGAUGCAGCGCUUGCCUCUGUGAUUGCAACACUUGAAGCCGAGCAUGUUCUCAUCCGCCGCGAAGUCGAAGACAGCUUGCGUGAUUCAACAAGAGAAGAUGUUGUUUACUCCGUUCUCCGCGGUUUGCAGGAUCACAGGAAAAGGCUCGUGGCCAUUGAACAGCGUGCCCACCAAUUCCGCUCGGCGCUACGGGAAAUCCUCGAAACUGAUGAAGAUAUGGCGAGCAUGUACUUGACGGAUAAGUGUACAGGUUACCCACAUGAGGUAGAAGAUCACCUAGAAGUGGAAUAUCUCCUCGAGGCAUAUUACAAGAACACAGACGCGAUCGCGCAGUCUGCCGGUGCUUUGCUGGGCGAUUUGGAGCGCACGACAGAAACCAUUCAGUCGAUCUUGGAUGUGCGACGAAAUCAGAUCCUGGUCUUCGAGGCUCAACUGGAGAUCUGUAUGUUGGGAUUUGCUGUGUCAACUUUUGUGGCGGGUCUGUUUGGAAUGAACGUGGCGAACUUCUUUGAAGAGAGUACAUCGGCAUUUGCAAUCCUUGUUGGAGCGUGUGUGAUGGGAACGGUCACCAUCGCGAAGUAUGGCCUGUGGAAACUCAAUAAAUUCCGGAAAUUGCGGUUUUAG